UAGGCUUAAUUUUCUACAUGUAAAAAUAUAGAUUCUUUCAGUAUUUGUUUCUUUUGAUUUUACAGAAAAAUAGGACGGGGGCAUUUUCUUGACUGUUUCGUGAGAACGAAACCAAUGCAUCACUAAGCGGUAUCAAAGGUUGAUGUAUAGUCUAACCUUUGUGAAAACGCUCAACAGAUCCUACUGCUCCAUUAAAUAAAAAGCUAAAUCAACACUUCUGUAACCACAACAGGAAGUGUUCUAUUAGACACAGAAGGUUACAAAAAUCUUUAUAAUAGAUAAAAGGCAGAACAACUAUAAAAAGAUUCAACCCAAGUGGCAUGUCUGUGGGUUUCACCAGAGCAUGUCAGUCUAUGCAGAUGAGUUGAUGUUUGGUUUCAACUGGCAGGAUGCAUCACAGGAUAAAUGAAAAACACCUGCCUCUGCUAAUGUGUGAAACAUGCUGUCUCUGCAGUUUAGAGAAAAUGACACACACCACAUGUCCCUCUGCUCUCAUUAUAAUCUGUUUCACAGGCAUUGUCUCUGGAUUAGGCGUCUCUGUGUGGCAAACACCUGGGAUAGUAAGAACAAAGGAGGGCGCGAAUGAGAACAUCACCUGUCACAUUAAACCAGAGUCAAAAGUAGAACGAAUAAUGGUUUUCUGGUUGAAAGAUAAUCAAACUGAAGCAAUAUAUAGUUCUAGCUAUCUAUUCCCUAUGUAUGGAUCUGUGUGUAUUAAUGCGACACUAAACCUGCAGUCAAUACAUCUAAAUCAUAGUGGCAUAUAUUACUGCAAAGCAUGGACAGAUUUACCUAUACUCGGACCUUCUGAAUAUGGAAAUGGGACAUAUGUAUAUGUGGUGUCUAAUUCAACACUUGGGACUACGCGAGCUCCAGCAAACCCCAAUGUGGAAACAGUGAUGUGGUCACUGCUGUCAGGGUUUUGUAUUCUUCUGCUGAUUAUCUGCAUUGCCUGUGUCAAUCAAAUAUAUAACAAAGGACACCACAGAAGUGAACUCAUAUCGGCAAAAGUCCUAGCUGAUGCUCCCAGUGGAUCUCAGUGCCCUCUCACUGCUGAAACUGUUGUUUAUGCUGCACUGAACCUUCCGAAAUCUCAAGACAGUGUAAAAACAAGAACUGAGAAUUAUCCAGCACCACCAGUGACCUGCACUGAAGAUUCAGUGACAUACUCAAAAGUCAACAUAAAGAGAGGACCAACGCAUGAAGGUUGAUUUUUCUAGAUUAUUAUUUGACUUGGCCUGUAUUUUGCUCACAAUGUAUUUUUUUAACCUUUAUAUCUCAACUUGACUUUGCAUAUUUAUUGUUAGGCAUUCAAUUACAUUUUGAGCUCGGAGAAAAGCUUUGCGAUCAUUCUGGUCUUGAUGUUAGCAGCUAAAGAGAGCAAAUCUAAAGUUAGAUUUGUCUAAAACAAUUUAUUAAACUAAAAGCUUGAAACGUGGUUUUGUGAAGAUAUUCCUGUAAAAGUUUGUUUUUCUUUUUUAAAUAUUGAAUCUUUAAUUUCAAAGUGCACAUCUCUUUUAAGCACUAUAGCCGUACUUUUGACGUGGCCAAAUUGAGUUCUUCUUUUCUCAUCAAUGCAGGACUGUGUAUUCGCCAACUCAGUCAAGAAAUUACAAACUGUGGAAGAUAAAUACACAUGGUUAAUAAUAAUAAACCCAUAAAACAAUUUGUAUAAUUACCUACAUACAAGCUAUGCAGGGACAUGUGGAAUCUUCCUGUAAAUGGAACAUGUAGUCUAGGCCAGAUUUAUACAUUUUCUUUAAAUAUUUUCUCAAAGAAGACCAGAGUCUUCAGAUUAUGUUUGGUCUUUAAUGAUGCAUAUGGAAAAACUUUAUUGAAUGCUUUAAAAAUAUAUAUAUUUUUAGAAAAAGCAGUGGAAACCCUAAAUGGAACAGCAAUAAUCGUGUGUUUUAUGCUUACCAGCCCACAGCAAGUGUCACUGUAAAAACUGGCAACCUGCAAUUGUUACCUUAAGGAGCUAUUUGUACCUGACCUAACCCUUAAAACAGUUUUGCUCACAUAGCCUAAUAUAGUCCAGUUAUUGCUGACAUGAUAAAUAAUAUUUUUGACUUGAAUCAAGCCAGUCAAUUU